AUGAACGGCAAGAAGAACGAGAGAGCCAUCAAUUUCGGCGCUGGACCUGGACAACUGCCUCUGGAGGUUUUGGAAGAGGUUCAAGCAGAACUAUUGGCUUACAAAAAUGCUAAAGUCAGUAUUCUGGAAAUUAGUCAUCGGUCGGGCGAUUUCAAAAAAGUCAUCGAAAGUGCACAAGCACGACUCACACAAAUACUAAACAUACCCGAUAAUUACAAAGUCUUGUUCAUGCAAGGAGGUGGCACUGGCCUUUUCUCGGCCGUGCCCCUCAAUAUGAUGACAACUGGCACUGCUGAUUACAUAGUCACAGGUUCUUGGUCAUCGAAAGCGGCAAAAGAAGCAGCAAAAUACGGUAAAGUCAAUCUCGUCGUACCAAAAACUAGCCAAUACACAGAGAUUCCUGACAGAUCAAACUGGAAUCUCGAUCCAAAUGCGUCGUAUGUAUAUUAUUGCGAUAACGAAACUAUUCAUGGAAUCGAGUUUCAUGACAUUCCUGAGACAAAUGGAGUGCCUCUGGUCGCGGAUAUGUCAUCGAAUUUCGUAUCGAAGCCAAUCGACGUUUCAAAGUUUGGGUUGAUAUUCGCUGGGGCACAAAAAAAUGUCGGCCCAUCGGGCGUGACGAUCGUCAUCGUACGAAAAGAUUUCAUCGGUACUGCCAUGAAGAUUUGCCCCUCUAUUCUCGAUUUUGCCGUUGUAGCAGAGGGAAAUUCCAUUCACAACACGCCCCCAGUUUUCCAGAUUUAUUUCGUGGGCCUCGUGUUCGAGUGGAUCUUAAAGAACGGCGGCGUCGAGGGCAUGGAAGAAUUGGCGAGACAAAAGAGUCAAAUGAUUUACGACAUUAUUGAGAAAUCGAACGGCUUUUACAGUUGUCCCAUCAAGGAGAAUUGCCGCAGUCGCAUGAACAUUCCCUUUAGAAUAAAGAACGAUGAAAAAUUAGAAAAUGACUUUGUGAGCGGCGCAGCGGCUUUGAAUAUGCUGCAGCUCAAGGGACAUCGCUCGGUUGGCGGCAUCAGAGUAUCGUUAUACAAUGCAGUGACGUUGGACCAAGUGAAACAAUUGUCCAAUUACAUGAUAAAGUUUUAUGAACAGCACAAAAAUUGAUUGAGUUCUUGUUUUUAAAAUAUAUGGUGAAGUUUGUACAUGAAUAUUGCUUAAAUUUUCAUAUUGAAUAUUUUUUAUAUAUAUUUUAACGAAUGUUAUCUGAAAAUUUUUUUUAUUCCAAUAAGAAGUUAUGACAAAAGCA